AUGUCCAGCCACAUCAACGGAGUGAAGCUUGUAUUCCCAGAGAAUGCGGCUACUAAAGAGUACGCUGCUUCUCUUGAUGCAGCUGAUCCUCUAGCUGCGUUCCGUGACAAGUUUAUAAUUCCUUCCAAGGCCAAUAUUGCCUCUAAGAAGCUGGCGAAGCCAAAGCUCUCAGAUGAACCAUGUAUCUACUUCUGUGGUAACUCUCUUGGUAUUCAGCCGAAGGCCACUUCAAAAUACCUCGAAGCGCAGCUGGACACAUGGUCAUCGAUCGGUGUGCACGGCCAUUUCACUGACAUCGAAGACUCCCCGCUCAGACAGUGGCAAUUACUCCCUGCGCAAGCCGCUGAGUCGAUGAGCAAGAUUGUUGGAGCUCAGCCAAGCGAGGUUACAGCGAUGGGGACGCUCACAGCAAACCUGCAUCUCUUACUCGCAAGUUUCUACAAGCCAAGAGCCUCCAAGCACAAGAUCUUGAUGGACUGGAAAGCAUUCCCCAGUGAUCAUUAUGCUAUCGAGUCUCAUAUCGCUUGGCACGACCUGGAUCCAAAAACCUCCAUGGUACUCAUCGGACCUGAUGAGGGGGAAUACGAGGUCUCCACGGAGAAGAUCCUAUCCUGCAUUGACCAGCACGCUGAAGAUGCAGCUCUGCUCCUCCUCCCCGGUAUCCAGUACUACACUGGACAGUUCUUUGAAAUCAAGAAAAUUACAGAGCACGCACAGGCCAAGGGUCUCGUGGUUGGAUGGGACCUUGCCCAUGCGUUUGGAAACGUUAUUCUGCACCUUCAUGACUGGAACGUGGACUUUGCAGUGUGGUGCACCUACAAAUACGGAAACGCCGGACCCGGAUCGAUGGGUGGUCUCUUCGUCCACGAAAAACAUGGGCGCGUCGACUACAGCCAGGGAGACGAUGCUCCCCAAUUUCGUCACAGGCUGGCGGGGUGGUACGGUGGGGACAGGUCAGUGAGAUUCAAGAUGGACAACAAGUACAAGCCAACCCCAGGAGCCGAGGGCUUUACUCUGUCAACACCAUCAGCCAUAGACCUCACCUGCCUCUGCGCGUCUCUUUCCAUCUUCGAUGAAACAUCAAUGGCUGAGAUCCGCAAGAAAUCCGUCCAAUUGACCGCGUACCUCGAGUACCUGCUCCUGAGAAACACCACAGACGAAAACCGUCAGUUCCAAAUCAUCACCCCAUCAAACCCUGAAGAAAGAGGGGCGCAGCUCAGUCUGCUUCUGAAGCCCGGUCUACUUCAGAAGGUUGCCCAAAAGUUGCACGAGGCAGCAAUUGUUUGCGAUAAGAGAGAACCCGGUGUUAUCCGCGUCGCCCCUGUUCCUUUGUACAACACCUACUCUGAGGUGUGGUUGUUUGUGCAACAGCUCCGGGCUGCAUUUGAAGAGUAA